CGGCAGGAUAGCUAUUAGGUACCUAGCUACUACCUAGGUAGUGUAGGUUAGCCACCCCGCUAGUGAUCGUAGUUUAUAGCUAUUCUAGCUUCUUUCUACUUAGAUUCAACUGCGGGCAGUUGUCAGUAAUACAGAAUGUUCUUGCAAAAUACAACUUUAUAACCAAGGUUACACAUUAUUCACCAACCUGGCUACCAGUCACACGGUUUUGCACUUUUGGACUGCAGCAGCUAUUAACCUCGUACAGAAUGGAAGUCAAAUCAGAUAGCAGUAGUGGAACUCCACCUGAACAAGGAGGAGCUGGUAUUAAAAGGCCUCUGGAGCCUAAAAUGACAGAGGAGUAUGUGAAGCGCAUUCAACUUGACCCUGUUGUUGAAGAGAGUGACAGUGUUAGAAGGAAGCGUAGGAAGUAUGCCCUCUUACUAUCUUACUCUGGAAAAGGUUAUUUGGGCAUGCAGAGGAAUCAUGGAUUUAGAACAAUUGAAGGGGAUUUGUUGGAUGCAAUGGUGCAUGCCAACUUGAUGACUGAAGAAGGCUUGCAAUGUCCACAGAUGUUUCAGUUUCAGCGGGCAGCACGCACAGACAAGGGCGUUUCCGCAGCGAGACAAGUUGUGUCUGUUAAGUUACCUGAUGAUGUGGCAGAUAUGGUGAAUGAAAUUAACAAACACUUAUGUGACCAGAUCCGAGUCAUGGCUGUUCGACGCACAACCAAAGGCUUCAACUGCAAGACUUGGUGUGAUUCACGCACAUAUUCUUAUAUGUGUCCCACCUUUGCCUUUGCUCCAUUGGAAGAAAUGACAAAAGAAGACUAUCGCAUUACUCCAGAUGUUCUUGAGAAGAUAAGAAGUACUGUGAAAGUUUACAAAGGCACACACAAUUUCCACAACUUUACUGCUCGGAAAAAGUUCCAAGAGGAUAGUGCAAAACGUUAUAUCAUUGACAUUGAGUGCGGUGAUCCAUUUGAACGUGAAUCUGUGGAAUGGGUUAUUAUUAGAAUUAAAGGUCAAAGCUUUAUGUUGCAUCAGAUAAGAAAAAUGGUAGGACUCGCAAUAGCAGUUCUUCGAGGGUUAGCAAGCCCAGAUGUAAUAAGCAAGGCAUGGGGAAAGGACCGUGUAGAUGUGCCAAUAGCUCCAAGUCUUGGUUUAGUACUAGAAGAACCUCAUUAUGAUAAAUACAAUCUUAGAUAUGGCUCAGAUGGUAUCCAUGAAGCACUUACUUGGGAUGAAGCGACAAAGAAAAUUCAAGAGUUUCGUGAAAAAUACAUAGAUUCAACGAUCAUUAAUACUGAAAUUCAGGAAAAAUCUAUGCUUAAGUGGUUAGAAACUUUACCAUUACACACAUAUGAUGUCAGAGAGAUUCCAGGUGAUGACCUUACAGAAUCACAAAGUCAUCGAUCAUCAACAAGAAGUGCAUUUGGAAGAGCAAGGGUUAGACUAAACAUGAGUCAGAAUAGUGAUGAUGAAGAAGCAGAUGAUGAAGAUGGUGAUUUGGACCAGUACAGAAUAUUUCCGCAAAAAAAAGAUGAUGGAAAAGUAAUCAUGAAGAACGAUGCCUCAAAUGGCGAUGAAGUGGGUGUGAAUGGUGUCAGUGGUAAAGACAAGACUGCUGUAGAAACUGAUACCACUGCAAGAAAGGAAAACCUCUGAACAUGCCAAUGGCUCAUUACAAGUCUUAUAGCCAAGUCGACUGCAAAUAAGAUUUCAUUUUCUUGAUGGCCUUAAUCCUAUAUAUGUUUUUUAUGAAAGUUUAAAUUGUCAGCUAAGGAUUCUAGUUGAUAUAUGGUACUUUGUGUAACCAUCAGACGAGGAUAUAAAGUCACCAUUAUAAUUUAAAGUUACUCGAAGAUGUCUUGAAAGUACAAAUAGAAUGUAAAGUUAACAGAUGAUAGCAAGACAUUCAGUAAUAUUUUUAUUUCACUGUUUUAAUAUUUCCUUUUCUUAAGUUUUGAUUACAUGUCGUCUGUUUUACAAGUAAAUUUACUUUUUGUUGAAAAUAGUGUGUGGUGACAGUGAAAAGGAUAGGGAAAGUGAAGUAUGUCUAGUUCAUCUUUAUUCUAAGGUAUGAAAUUAAAUAUAUGUGAAAUACACUUACAAGUAUUGGUACGGGAAACUGCCUUUGCUUUUCCUACCUCUGUAUAAGAAUGAGGCAGUAGUAUUAAAUUAUCAUAAAUGAUGAUGUCAAGUUUUCUCUCCAUUUCAAGACUUGAGGGAUCCCAGAAUAUUAAAACCUUUUUCAUUGUA